UGCAUUGCGCAAUGACAUCCGGGGAAUCUGUAGUUCGACGUUGUGGACAUAUUUUUAUUUAUCUUCUCUCUUCCAUCCAAACACCAGCAGAAUUUAUUUAUCAUCGUCCUCGGUUAGAUUUUUUCCACAAAUAACAUCUGCUCGACAGAUUGUCGAAGACCACAGACAGCACCAUGGCCUCCAAAAUAAACGAAGCCCAUGAACACAUCGCUAAAGCGGAGAAAAAUUUAAAGACAAGCAUGACAAAGUGGAAGCCAGAUUUUGACAGUGCCGCAUCAGAAUAUGCCAAAGCUGCGGUGUGCUUCAAGAAUGCCAAACAGUUUGAGCAAGCUAAGGAUGCCUACCUGAAGGAGGCAGAGUACCACACAGAAAAUAAAGCGUUGUUUCAUGCAGCAAAAGCAAUCGAACAAGCAGGUAUGAUGAUGAAGGACUUGAAGAAGAUGCCUGAGGCGAUCCAGUACAUAGAAAAAGCCAGUAUGAUCUACGUAGAGAACGGUACUCCAGACACCGCUGCUAUGGCUCUCGACAGAGCCGGGAAACUUAUCGAGCCUGUGAGUUUAGAGAAAGCUGUGGACCUGUAUCAGCAGGCUGCCGGUGUGUUUGAGAAUGAGGACCGCCUGCGUCAGUCAGCUGAGCUCCUGGGGAAAGCUUCCAGACUGCUGGUCAGAUUACGCAGACUGGAUGAAGCAGCAACCGCCCUCCAAAAAGAGAAGAACAUGUAUAAAGAUAUAGAGAAUUAUCCCACUUGCUUUAAGAAAACAACAGCACAGGUGUUGGUUCAUCUUCACAGAAAUGACUUUGUGGCUGCAGACAAGUGUGUCAGAGAGAGCUACAGCCUCCCAGGGUACAGUGGGAGUGAAGACUGCGUGGCCAUGGAGACGUUGCUGCAGGGAUAUGACGAGCAGGACGAGGACCAGGUGCACCGCGUGUGUAACUCCGCUCUGCUGAAGUACAUGGACAAUGAUUAUGCCAAGCUGGCCAUCUCCCUGAAGGUUCCUGGAGGAGGAGCGAAGAAGAAGACUGCAAAGCCGCCACAGGGGGGCGCCGGAGCGCCUGCUGCUUCCGCCGAGGACGACGACGACUACGAGGGAGGGCUGUGUUAGCCGCAGAAAACACUGACCGCUAAAUACACACAACGCUAAACACACCAGGAAGUCCUGCUCAUUGAGGUGAAACUGUCAGAAUAUGUUGCUCCCCCCUGAACUAGACGCCAAUAUGUUGCUCCCCCCUAAACUAGACCCCAAUAUGUUGCUCCCCGCUGAACUAGACCCAAUAUGUUGCUCCCCCUGAACUAGACCCCAAUAUGUUGCUCCCCCUGAACUAGACCCCAAUAUGUUGCUCCCCCCGAACUAGACCCCAAUAUGUUGCUCCCCCCCGAACUAGACCCCAAUAUGUUGCUCCCCCUGAACUAGACCCCAAUAUGUUGCUCCCCCCUGAACUAGACCCCAAUAUGUUGCUCCCCCCUAUACUAGACCCCAAUAUGUUGCUCCCCCCUGUACUAGACCCCAAUAUGUUGCUCCCCCUGAACUAGACCCCAAUAUGUUUCUCCCCCCUGAACUAGACCCCAAUAUGUUGCUCCCCCCCUGAACUAGACCCCAAUAUAUUGCUCCCCCCUCAACUAGACCCCAAUAUGUUGCUCCCCCCUAUACUAGACCCCAAUAUGUUGCUCCCUCCUGAACUAGACCCCAAUAUAUUGCUCCCCCCUGAACUAGACCCCAAUAUGUUGCUCCCCCCUAUACUAGACCCAAAUAUGUUGCUCCCCCCUAUACUAGACCCCAAUAUGUUGCUCCCCGCGGAACUAGACCCCAAUAUGUUGCUCCCCCCUAUACUAGACCCCAAUAUGUUGCUCCCCGCUGAACUAGACCCCAAUAUGUUGCUCCGUUCUGAACUAGACCCCAAUAUGUUGCUCCCCCCUGAACUAGACCCCAAUAUGUUGCCCCCCCCCCCCAAAACUAGGCAUCUAAUUCCCUCCACUCCCCUCAGUGUGAAACAUGUCGAUAUCAGUGAAGUAUACUCUUCCUAUGUGUGGGUCCAUCAUCUUUAAUUAUAUCAAACAUCCUCUCCUUUUCCCCC